GAGUGCGUCACUUCCGUUUUUUUUCUUUCCUUUUUUUUCCUGGUUUGUGAAAACUAUGCUAUUUUCUCUCCGUUUAUUCUUAGAGUGCAAAGUCUUUCCAUGUUUUUCUUUUCUCGGUUUUGGCGAUAGAACGUUUUGGACCAAAUAAACAGUCGGGGCUUUUCCGUCAUUGCUGAUCGGCUUUAAAGCUGCACUGCAUCUGUCUUUUGCUGCAGAACAAUAGCUGGCUUACUGAAGUUCGUCGGAUGAAAUAAGUCCAGACACAGCAGCAUCAUGUCUGCAGAGCUGGACCUGUCCCCUCCGGAGGUACCUGAACCCACCUUACUGGAAAGCAUCCUGCGCUAUGGGUUGUUCCUGGGUGCCAUUUUCCAGCUGAUCUGCAUCCUGGCCAUCAUAAUGCCCUCAUCCAAGGGUCAUGAUCAGGAGGAGACUGAAUCCACUGAAAGCAAAACUGGAGAACAGAUGAAGAAAGCAAAAGGAGCAGCACCUCAGAUUCGACAGAAGCAAAAGAAGGAGAGCAAAAAGAAGAGAUAGAUGUUUAUGUGCCCUUUUGUUGUGUGUUUUGUCUUUAAUCCCUGUUCUAAGGUUCUAACAUCAUAUUACAACACUACAUCUGAGUCACUUCAGAAUGACCCUCAGCUUAAUCUCUACACUCAACACAAACACACUAAAUGACGUAGUGUUUGCUGAUUGUUAAUGAUUGCUGAUAAAUAUUUGACAGUGUUUGGUUUUCCUUUAUCUGCUUUUCUUAUUGUAUGUGUAUUACAAUAAAUAAAAUAACCCCCAUAACUAUAUUUAUUAUCAAUCCUAUGUUUAUAUAAAUGGGUCAGAAUUCAUUUUAGCUUCUCAUAAAACCAGUUUUGUAGAAAAUAACAGCCUGUUUCCUUAUUAUUGAUGUUUUUAAAUCGCUGCUUAAAAUAAGUAUUUGUGUGAAGAAAAACAUUAACAUAAAAUUUGAUUGCUAAAGCCUCUUAUUGAUGUUUUCAUUAUGUUAUAAAUAAGUAAGGUAAGUCAAUUUGGUUAUUUUUACUUUUCUUGUGCUGGGUUGAUACAGUUCACUGCUUGUUAGGGAAAAAAACUGGUAAACAUUUUUUGUCACUUUAAAAAAUAAUCAUAAUAGCAUAUAAAUUAUAUGAUUAACCUGAGAGAUUGGAUAUUUUUC